AUGGCAUUGGAAGCAAUUCUCAGGCAAACGUUUGAGCAGCAAACAGCGGCUAUUCGAUACGAGCUUGGCGACCAGCAUACCUAUGAUUUUGUCGAAGGGGUAGUACCCUGGGAGUCAUCACUUAAGGAUACUAUGAGCACGGACGAAGAAACUUUCACUUUCUGUGACCCUGACCAGCCGCAUUCCUGCCGGAAGUCUGCUCAUGACCUUGAGGAGUACAUAAAGGAGGAGGGCCCUUUCGACGGAAUCAUUGGAUUCAGCAUGGGGGCAACUAUGGCACUGUCAUGGUUGGUAAACUGGUAUCGAUCUAGGAAUGGAAGUGGGCCCAAUGGUGCGCCAUUUAAAGUGGCGAUAUUUUUCUCAAAUGCCGGACAGCCUUACGAUCACAACGCAUUGGACGAGGACCGCAUUGCAUAUUUGGAUUUUGCCCAGGUAGGUAUGGUACUCGAUUUGCCUACUGCUCAUAUCUGGGGAUCAGCAGACCCACAUAAAGGAGAGGCACAACGGGCUGUGAGUUUCUGUAAUGCGGACAAAAGAUCCACCUUCGUGCACGCAAAUGGUCAUGAAAUUUCCAGUUCAGCUGAAGACACGGUAUCCAUUUCAAAGAUUAUUAAUAGGGCCAUUUACCAAGUCCAGGAUAAAUGA